UGAGAGGACCUGGUGGGCUCUCUCCCUGCUCCUCUCCUUCUCAACUGCUAGAGUUUUUAGAUCGCUUUGAACUUCUGCGUGGAUUCAUCUCCCAUCCCCCCCCCCCCACUCCCUACACACACGAGACAAGAAGGGAGCACCGGGGGGGGACAUCGGCGGUAAUAUAAAAAGGGGAACUGUACAGUGUCCUCUUGCAGCAUGGGCUGGAUCAGCUGGAUUGCUUGGCUUUUCUUGGGAGUAUUACUACGAGGAGAACGAGCACGCUGCCAACAUGUCAAGAACAACGUGCCACGGCUAAAAUUGUCUUAUAAAGAAAUGUAUGAAUCCAACAAUAUAAUCACUUUCCACGGACUGAUCAAUAGUUCCAGUUACCACACAUUCCUUUUGGAUGAGGAGCGAAGUAGACUCUAUGUUGGAGCAAAAGAUCACGUAUUUUCUUUCAACCUAGUCAGCAUCAAGGAAUAUCAAAAGAUUGUUUGGCCUGUAUCUCAUACCCGUAGGGACGAGUGCAAGUGGGCUGGAAAAGAUAUUCUGAGAGAAUGUGCUAACUUCAUCAAGGUGCUUAAGGCUUAUAACCAAACUCAUUUAUAUGUCUGCGGAACUGGGGCUUUCCAUCCCGUCUGCACAUAUAUCGAAGUUGGAGGACACCCUGAGGACAAUAUUUUUAAGCUGGAAGAUUCACAUUUUGAAAAUGGCAGAGGAAAAAGCCCCUAUGACCCCAAACUGCUGACAGCUUCUCUUUUAAUAGAUGGUGAUCUUUAUUCUGGAACUGCAGCAGAUUUCAUGGGAAGAGAUUUUGCCAUUUUCCGUACACUAGGGCAUCAUCACCCAAUCAGGACAGAGCAGCAUGACUCCCGGUGGCUUAAUGAUCCUAGGUUUAUUAGUGCUCAUCUGAUCCCAGAAAGUGACAACCCAGAAGAUGACAAGAUCUAUUUUUUCUUCCGUGAAAAUGCAAUUGAUGGGGAGCAUUCUGGAAAAGCAACACAUGCCAGAAUAGGACAAAUCUGUAAGAAUGACUUUGGUGGCCACAGAAGCCUUGUCAACAAGUGGACCACUUUCCUCAAAGCACGCCUCAUGUGUUCUGUCCCGGGUCCCAAUGGCAUUGAUACUCAUUUUGAUGAACUCCAGGAUGUGUUUCUAAUGAACUCAAAAGACCCUAAAAAUCCAAUAAUCUAUGGAGUGUUUACAACUUCCAGCAACAUCUUUAAAGGAUCAGCUGUGUGUAUAUAUAGCAUGACUGAUGUGAGGAGGGUGUUCCUGGGUCCAUAUGCUCAUCGAGAUGGUCCCAACUACCAGUGGGUUCCCUACCAAGGAAGAGUGCCAUACCCAAGGCCAGGAACUUGUCCAAGUAAAACAUUUGGUGGCUUUGACUCGACCAAGGACCUUCCUGACGAAGUCAUCACAUUUGCAAGAAGCCAUCCAGCUAUGUACAACCCUGUAUUCCCUAUCAAUAACCGCCCCAUUAUGAUCAAAACAGAUCUGGAUUACCAGUUCACACAAAUCGUUGUCGAUCGGGUGGAUGCAGAGGAUGGCCAGUAUGAUGUCAUGUUCAUUGGAACAGAUAUCGGGACGGUUUUGAAAGUGGUUUCUAUCCCUAAAGAGACUUGGCAUGAUUUGGAGGAAGUUUUGCUGGAAGAAAUGACAGUCUUUCGGGAACCCACAGCUAUUUCAGCAAUGAAGAUUUCCACAAAGCAGCAACAGCUGUACAUUGGCUCAGCGGUUGGCGUUUCACAGCUUCCUUUGCAUCGCUGCGAUGUGUAUGGUAAAGCAUGUGCUGAAUGCUGCCUUGCUAGGGACCCGUAUUGCGCCUGGGAUGGCUCUUCUUGCUCUCGUUACUUCCCUACUGCCAAGAGACGCACUAGACGGCAGGAUAUCCGAAAUGGUGACCCUCUUACUCACUGCUCUGACCUACAGCAUCAUGAUAAUCCAAGUGGACACGGGCUUGAAGAGAAGAUUAUCUAUGGAGUAGAGAACAGCAGCACUUUCCUAGAGUGUAGUCCAAAAUCUCAACGUGCUCUGGUCUACUGGCAAUUCCAGAAGCAAAACGAUGACCGAAAGGAAGAGAUCAAAGUAGAUGAUCGCUUAAUCCGGACAGACCAAGGUCUGUUGCUGCGGAGCUUACAGCGGAAGGACUCGGGCGUUUAUUUCUGUCAUGCUGUAGAGCACGGCUUUAUGCAAACUCUCCUCAAGGUGACCUUGGAGAUCAUAGAUACAGAACACCUUGAAGAGCUGCUUCACAAAGAGGAAGAGGGUGAUAUUUCCAAGAGCAAAGAAACAUCUAACAGCAUGACCCCAAGCCAGAAAGUCUGGUAUAGGGACUUCAUGCAGCUCAUCAACCACCCCAACCUUAAUACAAUGGAUGAGUUCUGUGAGCAGGUGUGGAAAAGGGACCGCAAACAACGCCGGCAAAGGCCCGCCAAUGCCCAAGUGAAUACAAACAAGUGGAAGCAUCUACAAGAGAACAAGAAAGGGAGGAACAGGAGGACCCAUGAGUUCGAGAGGGCACCACGGAGUGUCUGAGCUACAGUUACCUCUAGGAACUUCAUCCAAGUAGAAACUUGCAUAGACAGAUAACUGGAAAUAAAAUGCAAUAUACAUGAACUUUCCCAAGGCAUUUUAUGUGGAUGUUUACAAAGAACUAGGAGGCUUAAAUAAUUUCCAUCUUGUUUAAAAAGAACCCAUUGGAUCUCUGAUCUCCAGCAUUUCAAGGACAUAAGCUCACUCUGAAACUAACUUAUUGUUUCAUGGGAUCUGCAGUGAGACUGACUCAGCAUUUCCCUUUGGACUGAGGUAUAAAAGUGUCAUAUGUCAUUCUAUCAUUCUGAAAAGGAAUAAAGGGGGAGGGGCAAAACAGCUGUCAUCGCCUAUGCUACUUUUCCUGAACUUAACUAAAAACUUGCAUGGACCUUUAUAAACUGAUGAACACCUUCACACUUGGUUGUAUGCAAGACAUUUUUUUUCUCCUUUUUGUCUUUUGUCUACCAGUUCUCUUGUUUAUAUAUGUAUUGGAAGAAUGAAAUCAAUACUGUAUGCAAUUGCUUAUCGGAGUUGGACCGCCAUGAACCACUGAUUAUCUGAAGCGGAUGCAAUAGCAAGUGGAACGUUCUGACCUACUACUGAUGACAUCCCUAACCUCUGACCUAAAGAUGUAUUUUAUUAAAACAAUUAUUUAAAUGUACCCCAACCAAUAUGCAGUCAAAGAUAGCUCUUUCUGGAGGGAAAAUAGAAUAGGUUUUUUGUCUGACAAUAUUCUAAUAUUCUAAUUUUUAAUUUUUUUAAUACGGAAAACAGAGUUUUCAGGGUUUUGUUGCUCAGUUUUAAUUGUUUUCAAACGUUUGUUCAAAACAGUAAGCAAUCUCAGCUACUCACCAGACAAUCUAUACUAUGAGUAACUGCCAACAUAAUUUCUCCUUCCAAACAGAGUUAUUCUGGCAAAAGAGUCUCUAUUGCAUGGACAUAUUUCUCUUUCUUUAUUUCUCCCUAAUUGUUCAGUAUGAAAGACUUCAACUUGUAUAAUACUUUGAUACAAACAGAAACGGAUUGAAACAAUGAAGGGAAAUUCGGUUGACUUAAGCUGUAUAUUUUCUUUUUAA